ACAAAAGUGAGGAAGAUAAAAAGAAAGAGAGAGAGAGAAAAUAGAGAGAGAGGGGGAUAGAGAGAGAGAGAAAGCGAGAAAGCGAGACAGAGAUAAAUAUAGAGAGUGAGAGGAGAGAGUUUGUGAGUGCCAGCACACUCUCUGUGGCUGAGUCUUUCAAACGGGAGACGAUGUGGGCUCAGUCACGUUGUGUCUUAUCAUAAAUGUGAAGGCAGAGGACAAGUUUCUGACACUUCAGUCAUGGACGUUCACUUCAGACAGAUGGCUCAGCAAGAGUAAAACUCGCUCAUUUAUUUGAGCGGGAGGAGAUGGAGUAGUGAGUGUGAGUGUGUGGCGGAGCGGAGCGAGGGGGAAAACAGCUGUUGACGGACAGUUUUGUGGAGCUGAGAGAAGGAAAACAGCGGAGCAGACAUCAGGGUUGACUGAGACAGGUUGGUCUGGGAACCUCGGAGUGACAGGGAUAACAGGAUUGAUAGACUUCAUGGGGUCAAAGGCUUGAUUAAGCAGCUGUUGGUACGGCUGGUCGCAGCGGCUCCGGGGGCUUAAUUUGGACCCACUACCACCACCCAGGCCACCACCCAACACCACCCAGCCCAGUCUGAUGAGCUCUGGAAGGCCUCCAACACAAUGAUAAAGACCUUGUGUCAGCCACAACUGCUGCAAACUCCCGCUUGGUUUGACAUUUAAGGCGGAACGCCGAGUCCACCGACCGCGGAGAUGAAUUACCUGCUACACGGUGUGAUCUGUGAUGUCACUCAGGGAGACGAGCAUGACUGAAGAGUCAUCUCUAUAAAACAUGGCUGUCACGGGUCUCAGCGAGGGGAAGCAGUUGGCUGACACACACGCUAAACACACUGUGUCUAGAAUCAGCGGUCAGGACACACAUCACGCUCUGCCCAUCUCCCGGCCUCACUUCAUCAAGAUGUUAACUUCAGAGCGACAGUGCAGCCCGGGGCCUCCAUCAUCGACAUGGUCAAUGUGACGACGUCACCCAGCAGCAAUGCCACCCCAGAGGGUCUGACUGAGGGGGGGCUGGUGGUCCUGGGCCAGAGGGAAGAGUAUGAUUACAACUACUUUGCCCUGGUGCUGGGCGUGCCCCUCAUCCUGAUCAUCAUCCUGGGCAACGUACUUGUGUGUCUGAGCGUGCUCACUGAGCGCUCCCUGAAGACUGCCACCAACUACUUCAUCAUCAGCCUGUCUGUGGCCGACCUACUGCUGGCUGUACUGGUGCUGCCCCUCUACGUCUACUCUGAGUUCCUGGGUGGUAUCUGGACCCUGAGCACAUACAUCUGUGAUGCUCUGAUGACCAUGGACGUCAUGCUGUGCACCGCCUCCAUCCUCAACCUGUGUGCCAUCAGUGUGGACAGGUACAUAGCGGUGGUGGUGCCCCUGAAGUACAACAGGAACCAGUUCAGCCUGCGGCAGCUGGUCCUCAUUACGGCCACCUGGGUUCUCUCCCUGGGCGUCGCCAGUCCUGUCAUCUUCGGCCUCAACCAGGUGCCGGGCCGCGACCCCACCGUGUGCAAGCUGGAGAACGACAGUUUCGUGGUUUACUCCUCCGUGUGCUCCUUCUUUGUGCCUUGCCCCGUCAUGCUCUUCCUGUACUACUGGAUGUUCCGGGGGUUGAGACGCUGGAGCUCAGGCAGGAGCCGCUCCCAACUGACGAGGGGAGGAAAACGGAGCCUGUCCCUGCGCCUCAGCUCCGCCUUGCAGAGGGAGAACGCAGGGGACAGGGCGGGGGCCAAGGAGAAGGUGGUGUACCUCAUACCUACAGGGCUCAGCCCGAUGUCACCGUCGGUUGUAUCGAUGGCGUCGCCCACGGCGACCCUGGGGGUGGAGGACAAGCAGCAGGAUGGUGUGGGGGCGGGUUUGGCGGAGAGCGACCCCAUGACUACCCAGAUGGACAGCGUUUCGGACGCAGACCCCACGGAGAGGCCGCCUAGGCAGGGGAAGAGCCUGAAGGAGAAUGGGCUGGCCCACACUAAGGCCACCAAGAGGGGGCGCUGCAACAGCAAGAGUAGCAGAGUGAGUGGGAGGGAGCGCAAAGCCAUGAAGGUCCUUCCUGUUGUAGUUGGUGUGUUCCUAGCCUGUUGGACUCCUUUCUUUGUGGUACAUGUGACCAACGUGCUGUGCGUGUCCUGCAAAAUCAGCCCCACUCUGAUCUCCGUGGUAACGUGGCUGGGCUACGUCAACAGUGCUGUCAACCCCAUCAUCUACACUGCCUUCAACGCAGAGUUCCGAAAAGUCUUUCACAAACUUCUCUGCUGUCGAGCAUGAGACCUGAGUUCCGAGAUCUGGAACCUCUUUGACAAACUACUCAUUGAGAUAGAACAACAAUUAUCUUUAAGGUUCAACCUGAGACCUGAAUUCUAGAAUGUUGCUCUCGGGCAUGAGACCUGAAUUGAAUGAUAUUUUACAAAACUCCUCGGUUGCUGGAUGUGAGAGCGACUUCCUUACCCAAAGAGGUUUUCCUGGAUUUAAGUGCUGGCAGAACGUGAGGUUGUCAAAAUGGAUCAACAAUACAGGGGACAACAUGACAGGAUUCGACUGAUGCCUUCGUUGACAUAUUGUGAACUGAAAGACAGUGGCUCACUGUAUCUGAUGUUUCAACAAUGAAGUUGAUACUGUGUGACGGAUUUUCCUCCUGUAAAAUAUUGCCUGGAUACAGAAGAUGGUAAAUACUGUUAAUAUCAUAGCCCAAAGGCAUAAAAUAUGUGAACAAUGUGCACAUUUAAGAACAUGUAACUAUUUGAUAUGUGAGCUUUGAUUUCUCUCAGAAUUAAAUGUUGAUGUUAUGUAUGGUUCUCUGUUUUUAUUUAAUAAUGUGCAGGUUUUCUGUGAAAGUUCAUUUUAUUUUCUUUAGAAUUUACUUUGUCUCCUUUUAUCCUGAGGAUUUGGGAGACUUUAGGGACAUAGGGUCAAGAGGCACUUAAAUUAUACAACAAACAUAAGACAUUUUCUAUCUUGUGGAUUACGGACAUUGCCUGUAGUUAAUAUCAUGAACAUUUACGCCACAAAAAGUGACAAAUGACAGACUUCAGGGCCAACAUUGUGGAUAGAACUAUUUAAGAUGAUAUCAUUUGUAAAGUUAUACUAUGACCUAUUUUGAUCAAGUGCUAUGAAAGUGCUGUGAAUUAACUAAGGUGAAUGUGACAAAUGUAAACAACUCUCUUUGUCAUUGAUGGAAAAAUAAUAAAACAUGUUCCAUUGUGA